GAAACCGGCAGAACAGAACAGAACAGAACCCGGUUUUGAAGCCCUAAUAUAUACAUCAUCCAUUGCCUCCGCUCCUCAAAUUUCCAUGUCCAUUAACCAGAACCACCUCCUCCGCCUGGUUCUUUCCUGCCGGAAAAUCACCGCUCAGGUCACCAAUCCAGACACCUCCACUAUCAUCGCUAUGGCAUCCUCCUCCGAGCAGGAAUUCGUCGCCUAUUACCGCUCUAAACUCCACCGCUUUCCUCGAUCCAACAACUUUUGGGACUCCAAAAUCGCCUCUCGCGUCGGCGAAAAGCUCGGCCACCGUUUGAAGGAGAUCGGUGUCUCCGAUGUUCGGAUUGAUCUCGCCGAAGAACUUUCCCGCCCUGUGUACUAUCGAAAUAGGGUUCUGCCGCUCUUCGAUUCUGUUCGGCGCUCCGGCGUCGCCGUCAAUGGUGCUGAGAAGCUCGGAUCAGGUGCGAUUUAGCUUGGAUUAUUGAUUUUCAUGAUUCGGAGUUUAUACGAUUCGCGAUUGAGAUUGAAUUUAGGGCAGAUAUGAUUCGCUCUCCUUCAUGUCGAUGAUUUUAGGAAUUUUCUUUUUUAAAUUUAGGGCACAUAUUAUAACAAUUUUGACACAUUUUCGAUCU